AUGGACAAGGCUGAUAUCAUUAGAGGCAACGAGAGGCUGAUGAAGAAACUCAAUCAUGUCUACAGAAGCGAAGCAAGUGUAGCAAAAUUUUUCAAAAACGCGUCAACAGCCCCAACCAGAAUGACCAACAAGAAAUUCAAAUUGGCAGACAUCACAGAGCAGAAUAUGGCUCUCAGAAAACGAAUCAUGGAAAGAGGGCCGGAUCCGACGAUCGAACCGAAAAACCUUAAGCAGUGGUGGAAAACGACUCUGACACGAAUGCAGGCGGUUUCCAAAUAUCCUUUACAUUUUGAACUGGAAAAGGAAAUGAAAAUUAAUAGUAACAAUUUUAGUCGUUGUUACUUCGAUUUGGGCUUAGAUAACGGCGUCAAUCUGGGCAGGUUGGUUUUCGAGUUAUACAAUGAAAUUUGCCCAAAAACAUGUCAACAUUUUAUUUCUAUAUGUAAAGGAACCCACGAAAACGGACUGUGCUACGAAGGAACAUUAUUACACAGAAUCGUUACCGGCAACUGCAUACACGGUGGAAUUACAACAACCACCUGCAUCGGUACGAAAAAAUCUCUAGUUUUGGAUGCAGAAAACCAUAUUAUAAACCAUGAUAGAUUGGGAAUUUUAUCCAUGGACGGUCGAGCUGAGUCCCAAUAUUUGAUUACUUUGCGUGCCAUGCCGGAGUACGACGGACGGCGAGUUGCUUUUGGAAGAGUUGUAUGUGGAGUACGAGUAUUGAAAGGUGUCGAGAACGACUUCGGUACUCGAAAGGGUCGACCCAGUCAAAACGUCCGGGUCGUUCAGUGCGGUCAAUUGUGCGGGUUGCCCUGCGCGGCCUGCCAGAGCGCGAAGCAAAGGGACGAGAUUGAAUUCGAACUGGACGACGAUGAAAACGAACAACCAUCGGGACACAGUACGAAGAUUAUGUUGUAA